GUGUAAGACAUUGAUAUGUACACUCUCUGGUUGUCAAGUUCGAAACGCAAAUGUUUUGGCGGGAAUCGGCUUGUGAGCUUGUUCAUAGUGUUACAUACUUUUUGGCAGGCGUGUACUAAACUUUUAUCUAUAUUAUCAUGGAUGAACAAUGUAUACCAGAAUUUCAUAUUCCAUCUUCAGCAGAUGACCUUACAAGUGAUCGUUGGAAAAACGCAGGAAGAUAUACUGUUGAAAAUGUGCUUGGUAUCGGAGAUUUGCCAGGAAAACUUGCUGAAUGCCGGGAAGCCAUGCACGAUGUUGGUAUGCUGUUCGUCCUAGACCAUUUUGAUUCACUGUUCUCGGUGAUAGUCCACUUCAGAAAACUGGAGUGGAGUGUGUUAACAAAAGCAUGGGGUGCUGUAAUGCAAGCUUUCAGGAUUAGUGUCAAAGAAUUGGACAAGACUAUUUGUGACUCAAUGGAAGCAGAUAAGCAGCACAAGUACCGUAAUGCCUCAAAAAUGAUGGUGUAUUUGCUUACACAAUAUAUAAAAGGUUUUGAAGACAGACUGGCCGGGUGUGGCAAGGGUAAAAAUAAAAUCAGCAAAGUGUCCGAAAGCAAAGACUGGAACUGGAAAGAACGUAACCAUGAGGCACUGAUUGAAAUAUAUAAUUGCUUACAGUUACCACUGCAAAAUCUUUGGGAUCCAGCUGUCUGCGAAGAACCAUUUUCAGAUAUUAUCGGAAAUGCUUGUUUCAAAUCACUAGAAGAUCCAGGAGUUACCCAAGUCAAGAUGAAGCCAAUGUGUGAGACUAUUUUUCAAAUUAUUGGUACGUUGGUGAAAAAGCAUGGAUAUGGUUUCAGUUGCAUUGUGCGCAUUGGACAGAUGUUACACAUUCAUGAACAUAUGGUGAGUCCAAUGGUGCGCUGUGUGGUUGUAUUAUUCAAAGAAUUCAAGUGUACUCGCAUUGUCCAUGAAAUUCUCCAAGAAAUCUCAAGGAUAGACACUGAAGUGGAUGCAGAUUCAGAGGAGCCUGCAGCUGGAGUGGGUGUAGCAAAAACAUAUGGCCAAUUUAUUGCAGAACUAGCAGAAUCUGUUCCUGAACUAGUAUUGCCUCACAUAGAUUUACUUAAAUCUCUUCUUGAUGUAAAGGCAUAUGUGAUGCGCAACUCAGUCCUGUCUGCAUACAGUAUAAUUGUGCAAAAGUGCCUUAGUGGUGAAGAUCUGUCUGAGGAAGAGAGAAAUAAGAGAGAUGACUUACUAUGUGAUAUGGAAGAUCACAUACAUGAUGUAAAUGCCUUUGUGCGGUCAAGGGUGCUGCAGCUAUGGCAAAACUUGGUGAAGGAGCAUGCUGUGCCUAUUUCUUUCCAUGCUAGUGUGCUAGAGAGAGCAGUGGGUCGUUUGCAUGACAAGAGUGCAUUUGUCAAGAAAAGUGCUGUCCAGCUUGUUGCAUCAUUCCUUGAACAAAAUCCAUUUGCCUCUAGGUUGGGAUUGGAAGAACUUCAAGCUCAGCUAGAAAGUGAAGAAAAAAAGCUACAAGCUAUUGAAGAUUCUACUGCAAAAUUGCCUCAAAAAGUAGAAGAGGAAUGGAAUGAAUUAGAGCCUGAUCUGAAAGAAGGUCUGACAGAAGUCCUGGAGGCAGAUGACACAUCAACAGACAUGGAAUGUGAUGAAAUAGAUUUCGCUGAACAAUGUGGACUUGUCUGUAAACUGGUUAAAUCCAAAGAUUACAAGAGUGCCUAUCAACAGCUGCGCUCUUUAGAAGAGAAGCUUCCUGCCCAAGUUCACUGCCUAAAGAACAGUGUUGAUAUAGAAGAACUUCAUGAUAACUGUGUGAAAUUAUUCCGUAAAAUUCAUUUUAUGUAUCAUGGUGAACCUGAAGAGAGCGAAGAAAGUAAGGAACUUAAACGUGUCAUUGCAUUUUUAAAGGAUUCAAUAGCAUAUGUGGAGCUAAUGAACAAAGCCUUACCAGUUAUAUGUUCAUUGCUAACUUCAAUGCAAACAACAGAUAUAGUGGAGGCAAUUGAAUUCAUCACCAGUGCUUACCAAUUUGGUUUAUCUCAGGCAGAGAACAGCAUGCGAGAACUAUUGACUUUGGUGCUGUCUGGAAAUGAAUCUGUUCUGUCUGCUGUAUCUGAAGCUUAUUACCAGGUUUACCUUAAGACAGAAGAAACUGAUUCAAGGAAACAUUCAGAAAUUGUUGUGAAGAACUUGUGCCACUUAGUGUCUACAAUUAAUGCUGGACAAAAGGCAGCAUUGGACAGUCUGCUGUUGGAAUGGCUUAAGAAAGGCUACAUAACUCCAGGUGACAUACAGAUUAUGUGGGAGUGGGUGGCUAUGGCAGAACCAGAAAUAAGUGCAGAGGACAGCAGACAUGCUUUGGUUUUGCUGGACAUACUUGCUGUAGAGAAAUCAGAUAUGAUGAAAACAAGAUUGCCAUUUCUCCUUGCUGCUUGUCUAGGAGAACGUGGUCAAAAGGAUUUUCUUCUUGUUACCAUUACUUGUCGACUGAUUGCAAAAUCUCACAGAGAUUCUGAAAGGUUACCAGAGGAUCAUGUGAUGUUCUCAAAUCUUUGUAAGAUAUUGCGUGAAGGAUUCCCAAAGAAGGACUGCCCAAAUUAUGUGGUCAUGGCUGAAGCUGCUAUUGAAUUAAUAUACCAGUUGUCCAUGAAACCAGUUGCUGAAAUGGAAUCAUUGGUGAUCAAUUUAUCAGAGCAACUUCAGAAUUGUAAUCUAAAUACGGACUCAGGUUCAGAGUCUGGAAGAUAUCCUGCAGAAGUUCUCUCACGUUUCUUGUUUGUUGUGGGUCAUAUAUGUUUGAGACACAUGAUUCAUUUGGAAGAGUAUGUCUAUAUCAAACUGAGAAAAAUAGCAACAAAGAACAAAAGGAAGUCGAAAGCUAGUGAUACUUCAAAAUCACGAGAGGGUUCUCCAUCUGGUACACAAGCAGAAGAUAAUGAGUAUGAGCAAAUCAGAAUGUUGUGUGAGAAACAUGUUGUGACUGGAACAGAUAUGCUUGCUCUCUGCAGCAAGUUCGUUGUUGAUAUAUGCUCCAAGCCAAAGGAAUAUGAUGGAACCAGUGUUUUAACAUCUGCAUUUUUAGCAUUAUCCAAGAUGAUGGUAGUAUCAAGUGAGUUCUGUGCAGAGCAUAUACAACUUUUCAUGACUGCAUUGAAAACAUCAACGGAUGAAAAGUUACGUGCUAAUUGCCUGAUAGCCUUUGGUGACAUAGCUUUUCGAUUUCCAAAUGUUGCUGAACCCUGGACUGGAUAUAUUUGUGACAGUUUAAGAGAUACAACAUCAGAUACAGUGCGUCAAACAGCAGUACUGAUUCUCACUCACUUGGUGAUGAAUGACAUGGUGAAGAUCAGGACUCAAAUAGCAGACAUAGCUUUAUGUUUAACAGAUGCACAUCCAGAAAUUUCAUAUACAGCAAAGGUGUUUUUCUAUGAACUUUCACAGAAGGGUAAUGCCUUAUAUAAUACACUACCAGAAAUUAUUUCAAAGUUGACACAUCCUGAAACUAACCUUGAUGAUAGCAAAUUUCGCACAAUUCUGAAAUUCAUAUUGGGACUAAUUCACCGUGAAAGGCAGUUGGAAACUUUGAUAGAAAAGCUGUGUCAACGAUUAGGUGCUGCAUCUACUGAACAGCAAGCAGCUAAUCUAGCCUUUUGUAUGAGUUUGCUGACUUACAAUGAGAAAUCUCUUUAUCUGCUCAUUGAAAACCUUAAAUGUUAUGCAGAUAAACUCCAUCACAAGCCAGUAUUUGACUAUUUCAUGAACAUUGUCAGCAGUUCGAUGAAAAAUCCGAAACAGGAAAUCAAGGCUGUAAGCAGUGAACUGGAGUCAUAUAUUCAGGAUAUUGUAAAUGGAACGGGUGAGAAAAAGCAAGAUGGUGACGAGCAAGAACCAGACAGGCCACCAAGAACAACAAAGACACCGUACCGUCGAAGAGGUACCAGGCAGGCACCAUCAACAGUUAAAAAGCAACCGCAAAAAGGGAAAACUCCUAGACGAAGAAAACCAAAAACACCUUCUUCUACAUCUGAGAGUAGUGACCUGGAAGAAUGAGAAACCUUCUAGGUUUUAUUUAUUUUAACUGACAUAGGGGAAAUGCUUCCUGCAAUUAAGCCCAUAAUUUAUACAUUGAACAAAAUAUGACAAAGUGCAAUAUGUACAAUCAUAAGAAGGGCUACAAAUGCUUUCGUGCUGGCACACAACUAUUUUAAUGUGUCAAUAUGCAUGACAACUUUAAACUGCCUUUUUGAAAACAGGAAUAAUUAUUUUAUUAAUUUUUAUAUUUAACUCUCCACUGAUUCUCCGCAAGUAGGGCUCUGUAUUAUUGUAUAACUGACCUGUUAGUUCUAAAUGUACAGGAUUUUAUUUAGUUAACUGGUGACUGAAUUAAAUGUACAGUAUCUCUGCAUAGUGAUAAAGUGCACGUGCACAUUUUAUGUAUUGCUGCCAGUAUGAAUGAAUUAGUUUUUACUAGUAUCAUAAGCGUCUUUUUAUUUUAUUGUUAUCAAACAAGUAGUUGAAUAUGACUUUAAGAUUUGCGUUGUUGUGUUCUCAAACCGAAUUCUACUUUUACUGCAUUUUGAGACAAAACCUGUUGAGCAACAGAUGGUUAAAAACUUGUCGUGUGCUGAAUGUGAUGGGCCCAGAGAAAACUCACUAGAUAUACAUAAGGGUAGUUGAAUGUUUCACAUGGUUUAGAGGCAAAGGGAAGCAAAUGAGAUGGGCAGGGGGCAGGUUUAGAGGCAAAGGGAAGCAAAUGAGAUAGGCAGGGGGCAGCAGAGGUACUGUGUAAGGCAAUUGAGAAAACAGUACGGUUGCAGUCCAUAUACUCUCAACACUCAAUGAAAAGUCACAAAAGACAGGCUAGAGAGGAGGAAGAAAUUCUCAGAGCAACAGAAUAGGUAGAGAAUAUGGGCUAGUGAAGACUUGAGUCCAGUAGAGGUUCAGUACUAAAUGAUGCGCUGGAGGGAUGUGCAGCUUAACGGAAUUGUGUUUUAGUAGGGAGAGAAGUUAGAGAUGGCAUAGGCUACAAAGCAGGAACUGAAAUCAAACACUGCUUGCUGUGUCUUUUAAAUGUUGAAUUACAUUUGGUCAUAGUUGACUGGUUGGCCUCUCAGAAAAUUACACAUUAAUCUGCAUCAUUUUUAUCCUUAAAGCAUAAUAUGGAAUCUAUAUUUAACAUUAAUGUUGUACCUUUUCAGUAACUGUAGUUGUCCAUGUAGACUGAAAAAAAAUUAGACAAUUAGUAUUUUAUCAAAGGUGCAUAUCAAAUGGCCAUGGCAUUGUUUCUUGCAUUUAGAAUCCUGCUUUAUGAUUGUCUCUAAAGAAUGAGAUGUUACUGAAUUAACUUAAUGUACUAAUGAAUUUCAGUAUACAAUGUAUCUGUAAGAGUUAAUCACAUAGAUGUUCAGUGGAAGGCUGGCAUAUUUCAUAUCACAAAAAAUCCCUUGAUUAUGAUCCGUGGGUAUACAAAAAAGAAUUAUGAUUGGCACAGUCAUACAGCAAACCCAGGAUCUCAAUCAUUCUUUCAAACAAGCAGAACAAUGAUACAGGCUGUAUUGAUUCAACACAUGCAGGAAAAACUGAACAAAAAAUUAAUGCAAAUAAUGAAUGAUAGGAUACUAAAAGAAUGGCACAGAGCCAAACAACAGAGACAAAAAAAUAACCAUAAAAAGAUGUGCACAAAUUAGCCUCAACCCGUACAAGGACUUCGUACAAACAAGAUAGCAACAGGAAAAUCUGGCAACAAAGGAGUUCUAUGGUUUACAAAUAUAAAUUCACAAUAAAAAAUAGUCACAAUGCAAUGGGACAAGAAAAUAAACGUAUUUACCCAAACUCAGAUCUUAUGCCAAAAUAUCUCCCUAAAAUAACAAUAAGCACAUACUUAUAUCAUAAAUUAGUAUGUGAGGAGAAAAUUAGUUUGGGCGCAAUUAAGUUGCACAUUUAAUAUGAAGUAUACAAGAGAAAAACUGAAAGUUAGAAAUAAGGCGCAGUUCAGUGAUGUUCAGAUAAAAUGGGCAUGUGACUCAAACCUUAAACGAGAAGUAAGUUGUAAAUGGACAUUGACAAGAUCAAAGAGGAAGAAAAGUCUUACGAAAAUGCUCUGUGAUAGGCACCAUACAGUUACAGAACAAGUACUUCUUGAAUCAAAACUUAACAUGACAGGUCUAAACCUUUUCCCAUUUGGCAAGUGAGGAAAAAAAAAACUAUAUUUCCUACAUUGUGCAUCCACAUUGUGUUCCAUAGCUGCAGUGAGAGGGGGAAGUGGACCAAGUCCGCCAUGGUCCUCUUAGAAAUCAUUCUGACAUUGGCCUGGAAUAGUUCGGGAAACCCAAAUCAGGUAGCUCAUUACAGAAAAUACUGUAUGGUCUUUAGAGAUGUUUUUAGUUAGGCCAAGAAUAUGAUCGUCACAUGAAGGAGAAAUAAAUCUCGGAUUUUAUUUAUAUUGGUUAUUUCCAUUACAAUACUUGUAAUACUCUGUGUGUUUGUGUGUGUGUGUGUGUGUGUGUGUGUGUGUGUGUGUGUGUGUGUGUGUGUGUUUGAUGACGAUGAUGAUAAUAGAAGCAAGAGAGCAAAACCUUAUUGCGGCACAUGUCUACUCCUUGUAAAUAGCAUAAAGGGGACUGCCAAGCUUAACAUCCCCAUCCAAUAGGAGGAUCACCAUCAAUAAUGUCACACCAUCAGUUCAUGAGACAGUGCAGAGAGGUAUGGUAUUUACACCAGGACGUUGACCCAAAGCUUACUGUGCACCAUGGGCGGGCAAACGUUGCACGCUGCUCAUGAGUGCACAGCACUGCACAUGUGCUGUUGGUGUGCAAUCAUUGACCAGGGCAGUGGCGACAGCCAGCAGGUUGCUGCAGUGUAGUACCAGGCUAAGCUGCAGAUGUUGAUCCAAAGUGACCACCACUUAGUGAACAUUGUAUUUCAAGAUCUGGAAAAUGCAGAGUGAAUCAAGGAAAUGGAGAAGUGGAGAUUUGCUACCUUUUAAAAAGGAAUGGGAGCAUCGUGUUUUCUUUGUGCAAAAAUGUGAAAAUUCGAAAUGUUUAAUACAUGGCAGUAUUCUCGCUGGUCAGCAGAAAUGAGUAUUGAACGCCAUUAUAAUAAAUUUCACAAGGAUGAGUACAAUUUAGUGUCGGAUUCUGAGCGGUAGGGGAAAUUGACUGAGCGUUUCACACAUAUUUAGCUGAAAUUGGGAAAGAGUACGGUGACAUACCAUACCACAGUGAAGUCCGCUGGCUUAGCCGUGGUAAUAUACUCGAGAUUUUUUGAGCUGAGAAUAACAAUAAAUCAGUUUUUAAAGGACAAAGGAAGGCACGACCCCAACUUAGAAGAUCCAGAGUGGGUUGCUGACCUUGCAGUUUUAGUGGACGUUACCAGGCACAUGAAUGCAUGUAACACAAGUUUGCAAGGAGAAAAUCCAGCUAAUCUGUGAAAUGGCUGAAAAGGUGCAAGCUUUCACUUGCAAGCUUGAGCUGUGGGAACGAUAGCUCUCGUCAGGGAACACAGUGCAUUUCCCUACUCUGUCUAUUGUGCGAGAACAGAAUUGCAAAGAAUAUGUUUCCUUACUUAGUGCAAUAAAAGAGGAAUUCCUCAAGCGAUUUGGGGAUAUAUCAUAUUUAUCCCAAGCUUUUGAAUGGUUCUCGAGACUAUUUGCUGUUUCUGUAGAUGAUAUUCAUCCAAAUUUGCGAAUGGAAUUAAUAGAUCUACAGUGUAAUUCUCGUCUGAGAGACAAGUUCCUUUUGGCAAGACGUGUAAUAGACUUUUAUCACGACUUUCUGCAGCACGAGUUUCCUCGUCUCCAUCGUGAAGCUGCGUAGAUAACGUCAGUGUUUAGCUUAACAUGUUCGUGAGAGAUUUUUUUUCCUGUAAUUAAAAUUAGUAGGUCUCAGUUAAGAGCAAAAAUCAGUGAUAAAAAUUUACGUAACUGUUUGCGUUUGUCUGUAUGUAGAAAAUUUGUUCCAGACAUUAAACGUAUUGUAAACUCCACCUGUGAUAAUUAAAUAAAAUGUAUCGUAGGUAAUAGGUACUCUUUCAAACCAUGAUUUCUUUCAAGCACUUCUACUAACCUUAUUCCUUCAUUUAAUAAAACAAGCUUGGAAACAAAAUGCUUUACAGAGGAAGGAGCAGAGAGACGGUAUGAUAGGAGAGAAGCUGGUGGCCAGCUUGCCCCUGUGUGCAUGCAGAACACCUGUUAACUGCACACGUGCAAGUGCACCGCACACGUGCAGGAUUCCGGCCCACCCCUUCCAGUACGCCAGCACCUUUCUUACCCUUGCCAGCCAAAUACUGGCAGUGAAACUUUGUUUCCACCACUAUGAUUCAAAAUGUUAUAUUCAGAUUGUUUUAGUAAGAGGCUUCAAUGAAAUUUUCAUUGUCACUAUAAAUGGUUCCUUAUUACUUGCAACUUAAUUGCAUCAAAACUCACUUUCUCCUUACAUAUUGAUUUGUGGUAUACAUGUGUGCUUAUUUUUAUUUUAUGGAGAUUUUUUGGCAUAAGAUCUGAGUUUGGAUAAGUAUGUUUAUUUUCUUGUCUUGUUGCAUUGUUUCUAUUUUUUAUUGUGAAUUUAUAUUUGUAAAUCCAGAGAACACAAACGAACCAAGACAAGUGUGUGUUAGCGACCUCAACCACAGAGGUAGGUCAAAUCUCGGAUUGAAAUUGAAAUAUGAAUAUGAAUAUGUGAGGUAUCGGAGCAAUAACAAGAAAGUUCAGUUACUAGAUCACAAAAUAGGAAAACGAGAUAUUAGUUACAUUACUGAAGCAAUUUUGUUGUUACUGUGGGUAAAAUUUCUUCCACACCCUCAAUUACAAAUUAUUUCUCACCAAGCAUUUUAUUAAUAUACAAACAGAUGAUACAACCAUUUGAUUGAAAUUGCAAGAAAAUUAAGGCAGUAUUAAGUUAAUACAUCCAUAUGGUUACUAUCAGAUGCAAAGUAGUAUAGUGAAAAUUUGUACGGCAUAUGUAAAUGGCCUAUAUUGUUUCCAGAAUGAACCCUUCACAGUGUCGUGUAGUCUGUGCAAUAGUGAAACUUCCUAGUAGAUUAAAACUGAGUCGGACCAGGAUUAAAACCUGAAAGUGCUCAUUCUUCUCCAUAGUGAAAGACUGGACCACAAAAACUUCAGCUAUACUUCAUGAAUUACCACAAAAUUAUGUACUGUACUGUAAGACAUUAUGAAAAUGAAGUAAACAAUGUGUGUUAGUG